AAUAUGUUAUCAUUCUUUUAUUUACAGGACGAUGGCGCCUCUCAGAGAUGCCGUGCAAAGUAAGCUCUCCAUUUAACCCUGAUCUGGCCUCUGCCUUUCUGGAGGCGGAGAUUCUCCCGACCUCGGGAUGCAUGACCAACGCAACAUCAAGAAAAUCAGGCGCUGAAAUUCAUGUAAUAAAUUACCAAGGAAGCAAAGAACAGAAUGUUGAACUGCUAUUGAAUGACUUUGAGAAAAAAGGUUUUGAUGAACCGUUUGUGAUCAUUCUCUCUUCCAAUGUUACUGUAUACUGGCAAAUACGUCUACGGCAAAAUCCGAAAAAAUCUUGGAAACACACCUUUGUGGUGGCUAAAGGUUCUGGAUUGCGGUUUGCCUACAAGCACCUGUCAUCACGUCCUACCAUUUCAAAGCCUAAAAAUCUUCCAUUUGAAUCAGAUGACCUUUUGACCUGGGUAACCAAGAGAUACUCGGUAGUAACGACCUUCACAUCAGUUCCCGGCGGCAACCAUCUUACACUUACUGUUGGCAAAGCCCAACAAUCCUCAUCCUCAUCAGCCACAUGUUCAUUGACGAGUAGUGACCUUGAAGAACCAAAUGUGAAGGUCAUUUCCAUGGUGUCACAGCCAGUAGAGGGUUGUCUAAUGCAGGACAGAUACCCUGGACCUAUAUACAAGGUCGCAUAUGUGAUUGAACUGAAGGAAGUUCCAGAUGUUGACAAGUUUGAAGUUCACUUGGAUCUGAGAGGUCACUCCCGUCAGCAUGGGGAACGUGAGACUAAACUUGUCCUGAAAGCUCCGAGUCAAGUCACAUGGCGUGUUUACACCAAAAAGAUGCAGGGAUUGAUUCAUAUAGUGGCCAAUAGUUACGUGGAUAUGGCUGGCAUCAGGGUGGAGACAGUAUCAGUGAGGUCGGAGGAACUGCGGGAGACGGGUCUAGACUUACUGAGAUGGGUACAAUAUUACCUCGACGUACCUAUUUCCAUGUACACCUCCAUGAACAACUCAAACAGGAUACAGAUCUCCUUUCCGGAAAUAGUGGAAAAAGAUGACCGAACUGUGAAGCAGAUGAAGAACAAUUUAAGAAUUGCACUGAGAACGGAGUGUGAUACAAAGGCCGUGACAGUCUCUGUCGAUAAAACUGUCCUACAGAUGCUUGGUAUAAAGAAGAGCAUGCUGACACUGUUAGAUCCUCAUUGUACAGCGUCGGAAAAUGCCACCCACGUGUACAUUCAGAGUUCCCCAGGUGCUUGCGGUACAAGCUCCAUCGCAACACAGAUUGGUCGUCAAGCUCUCACUAAUGCUCUUGUAGUUCAUGAUACGAACAUAGUAACAGAGGACAUAAAGGAUCACGAUUCUUUGGAGGGGAGUGGCAAUGAAGACAUUUUCUCCGGGUCGGGAGAGAACGAAAUCUCCGAUGUUAUGUUGGAUGAUGAAGAUUUGGAGCUUCAGCGUGUUCAGGUCAACUUCAUGUGUAUCCCUUUGCAAGAGCCAAAACCAGACAUAGAACUGCCUCCAAAGAUACUGCCGGAAACUGAACUACAGUUACAACUAUUUGAUAACGUCUUGUUCCUGGCUCCGUAUAUUCGGUUCCCAGUAAAAAUCGAGGAAUAUAACAAACGUCUUUAUCUUCAAGCAAUUGCCAUGUCGGACCCACUAUUACGAGCAAAUAUGGAGAAUUGUUGGCUCGCACCAGAACUGGACAAUUCUGAAAGCAGUAGAUACUCUCUCGUAGAAGAAAGUUGUGGACAAGAUAGUAGUGUACAAUAUUAUGUGUCCGGUACCCCGCAGAGUGAGAGACUGACGUUCACGCUGGAAAAUUACAUAAAAGUGGCGACCAGUCCCACAGCAGUUCUGCGGUGUGACGUUAGUAUCUGCUGUAUUGACAAGAAAUGCGGUAGCUACAAUCUACCAUUGUGUCCUGAUCGUAGCGUGGAUUGUGAGAAGCAGAGGCACGGCCAUGGUAACACCAACAGGAACACGCAGAUUAUCAUAGUCGGAACUUUGUCUCUGCCAAAACAAGUGACAAGCUAUGAAGAAGGUACAGACUCUUCAGUGGUAAAGAUAGAAACAGAUGUACCAGAAACUGGUGAGGUAGCCGGAGGUAACAAGGAGCCAUUGGUUAUAGAAGGGCUUGACUCGGGGACGGUGGUUGGUAUAGCCUUUGCUGCAUUUAUCAUAGGAGCCAUGAUGAUGGGGGCUCUAUGGUUCAUCCAUACCCACUCAGGAAAAUUAUUUUCAUCAGGACCUUUUAAAAGAAGCAUGGGCGUUAGAGAGACUCCGGAACACGAGGAUGGAUACGUUGAAACCACUCCAGGGUCUUCUGUCCCUAUAUCCACUUAGAAUUACCUCCCUUGACAGUUUUAAACAUAUCUACCUCACCAGUUGAAGAGCUUGCUGUUUUGAAAUACAUCAAGGAAAUUUCAUCCAUCAAUCCGCCAUUACCUACCAUCGGAAAUCAGAAAUCAAUGCAUUUAAAUUUCCCAUUCUAUAUAAUUAUCACCAUACGCAUUGAAUCCAGUUAGUGUUCAGUUCAACCUUUAAAAGAUGUCGCAAAAAAAAAAAGAGAACCCAAUAAAAUGUCAACAGAUCAACUCAAGUUGCAGAUAAUUGAUGCUUCAAACCUGUGUUUAAAAAAAAGAAUUAAUUUGAACAGGAAAGUGAUAAAGAGAAGUCUUAUUUUGAAAAGAUUUCAUCGAUUUGGAAGAAUUAGGUUUUCAUGUAGGAAAUUAUUUUCUUUUCUUUCAAAGAUAGGGAUUGGGGUGGGCAGGUAAAUUUGCAUCUUCAGUAGAAACUUUAACCAUACUCAGGAGAUAUUGCCAGUAGUUUUUACAUUAGAUACAGGGAGUCCUUUCACAGGGAUUAGUGAUUGCAGGAAUCUACAGGGACUUGUGUUACUUAUGAUUAUUAUAGAUAAGAUUUUGCAUCACGUUAAUGCCUUCUAAAACAUGAUUGGCUCAGUGUUCUUCUUAAGUACCUCAUUUGCAUAAAUUUGCAUAAAUUAUUAUUCAUUUACUAAAUUUGAUAUAUAAUGGCCAGUUGUACAUUUAAUUUCAUAUAUUAUUUUUCCAUACUCCUCAGAAUCAAGAUUUAGUUCAUUUGAAACAUAACAAAAGACAGUGUGUCAUCUAGAAAAUGGGCAUUUUAUGAACAAUUUGUGUAAAAAUGAAACAAACACACAUUGGAGUGCUUGAUUGAGCAUUCCGGAAUAUGUUCUGCAUUUAGAAACCAAUCUCAUAUUAGAAAAAAAGGACUUCAGAUGUAUUUCGUUUUUGCCCCAAGGAGAAUCAUAUUGCCAUGGGUUAUUGCCAUAAGUUGAAAAAAAGUGUUGAUCUUCUCUGAGUUCAGAUAUAUAGACUACAGCCUAUUAAUAUGUGAUGAAAAAACUAGAGAGAAAAAAAAUCCCGGUGAAUUAAAAAAAAAAGAUAUAGUAAUUGUGAAAAGAAAUGUCCAGUGAUAGUUAUCCACUUUUUAAUUUAAUAUUCAUGUAUAUAUUUAUGGAUUGACAUUGAGAUGACAUUGUUAACUUGUACAUUUGUAUUAUUUUGCCAAGUUUUUCUCAGUGAUUGAAGAGUAAUAUAUAUUAUAUAUAAAAUAUAUAUAUACAUAAUAUGUAAAACACCACAAAGGGACAAUAUUUGUGGGUUGACUUAAAGCUGAUGUUCUCAGAGAUUGUAUGGAAUCUCAAGGGAUUUACAUUCUAUCACGAUAAUCUGUUGAUGUGUACGACGUAACUAUAUUUUUCAUAUGAAUUCUUUUUGAAGUGUUUUACUGUGGAUCUUCAACCAAAACUUUGAAAUAAGUGAUACAGGAAUAAAAAAGUGAAUUAAAAAAUGCUAAUAGUGAUCUACCAGCAGAAGAUUUUGUGUUAAAACUUACAUGCCGAUGAUUAAAUUUAUGUCAUUAUUACGAUAGUAGCGUAAGAUGUUGUACGAAGAAAGCUUGUAUUUUAUCGGCACUGAAUUGAACGACUUAUCUCGAUCACAUUCAUCAUUAUACAACGCUCCAACAUGAUGGCAUUUGUUAAUUGUUCAUUUAUCUUGAGAAAUAAGUGCCAUUGUUUCAAUAUCCCUUGCGAAGUGUUAAUGUUAUUGUUAAAACAGUGGAACGGAAGUACAUUAUGUGCUGAAGUUUAUUCAUUGAUUGAGAUAUAAUUACAUGUAAGAGUGAGUGGAUUGCGCUCGUUACAUACUGAACAAACUGUUCACCAGACAUCGGCUCAGUACACCAGAAGCAUAUAGUAUUAUAAACCAAAAACGAGCCCGAUGAAACUGGGAACAAAAUUAGCGGGGAAAAAUUACGGAGAAAAGAUUUUAUGCCCUCUUCAAAAAAAGUGUUAAUGAAAAAGGUAAUGAAAUGAGAAGGCUGUUGCACUGAGGAAACAACUGAGAAUGUAUUUUUGAGCAUUGUGCUAGAGAUGAACUGAAUAUAAAUUGAAUUACAAUGAUUGUAGAAAAUUAUGAAAUGAGUAUUUAAGGUUUAAAGAAUAUUUCAUUUUGAUAGCUGAGGGGCAUUGUUGUGAAAAUUGGAGAGAGAAAAACACUUAAGUCGCAUGGGAGAGAUUUUACCAUAGCGCAUUGUUGCGUCAAGAACUUGACGGGGUCGUCCACAAUUUUAUUGACUUUAUUAUAGUGUCUGAACAGACAUAAUCCUCAGGUUAUACGGGUCAUCCUUUAAUAUCGUCUUGAUUCACAUUGUUUAUGACCUUGUUCUCAUUUUUUUUUCAUUGGCGUAUUUUAUUGUCUUUGACCUCUUUUAUUGUCUUUGGCCUCUUUUAUUGUCUUUGACCUCUUUUAUUGUCUUUAUUGGUCAGGAGAAAACAAUGUUUCUAGCACAAUA